AUGCAUACAAAUGCGGAAAACCCAUCAUGCCUCCUUUACGGCCCGCUAGACGCCCUUUUCGAGCACCAGCCAUAUCCUGAAUUGACUGGUCUGCAUAAUGUUAUAGUUGGCAUUGCCCACACCGGCAUUUCCACUAGCUAUGGGCCACGAGGCAUCCAGUAUAUCUGUGCAGUGGUAUCAACCAUCAAAUCUCUUCUUCCUGGCGACAGAGUUGCAAUCGAACCCCGAUAUCCCUGUCGCCGCUGUGAGAAUUGCAAGUCCGGUCACUAUGACCUCUGCCCGGAGAUGAAGUUCGCCGCAGACCCUCCAAAGCGACACGGUACGCUUACCAAGUACUUUCUCACCCCAGCCGACUUCUGUUACAAAAUUCCAGGUAGUAUGAGAUUGGAAGAAGCAGUCCUAAUGGAUUCAUUGGCGAUGGCGGUCCAUGCAGUUAGGCUGGCAGACGUGAGGUUUGGAAAUCGUGUCAUUGUGUUUGGUUCCGGGGCUGUGGGGUUAUUCUAUGCUGCUGUGGCUAGGGAAUUUGGCGCGUCGACGGUGAUUUCGGUGGAUGUACUCGCGCGCAGGUUGGAGUUUGCUCGGAAAUUUAUCGGAAGCAGUGUCGGAAGGAAUUUCGUGCCAAAUCACUUCCUUAGUGUGGAGGAGGUUGUCCGACAGCUAAUAAGGCUAGGAGAGGGAGCAGAUAUCGCCAUUGAUACAUCUAGAGUAGAAGCCUCACUCCAGACUGCCAUCUUCUCGUUACGAAAUAGAGGCACAUUUUUUUCAGAGAUGUGCGAAAAGGUGAUAACAGCAAAUGGAUGUUUUCGGUACGGGGCUGGGGAUUUUGAUUUGGGAAUACAACUUGUGACCCAAGGGAAGAUACAAUUGGCCGGAUUGGUCAUGGACAUUUUCCCAUUCGAGGGGGCUACGGAGGCAUGA